UUGCAAAAUUCGCGUCCUUCCGGGCAAGACAGGCAGCAUGACGAUGCAGGACAUGGAACAGCCCAUGUGCGAGCCGCAGCAUGGCGCAACGACCUCCAUGGAUGACGAUGGUCUCCUUGCAACCAAGGCGCGCCUGCAGUGCCAGGUGUGCUUUGACUGCUUCCGCAGCGACGAGAUGGUCCGAAAGAUCUGCAGCAAGACGUGUCCCGCGGUCGUGUGCCAUGGCUGCCUCGAGGGCUACAUGAACUCGCGCCUCCAUGCGCAGAUCCGCGGCGUACCAUCCAAGCUGACGUGCCCCAUCUGCGUGCGGCCCGUCAACCUCGUGCGAUGGAAGCGCCGGGCGCCGUUUGUGUACAUGGAGUCGAUCUUGGACCACUUUUCGUACCAUGUGGAAGCAGCCUGCGAAAUCCUCUGCCCCGAGUGCCACGAGGUCUCGACGGUGCUGCCGGACCCGCAAGAGCGUGUCUACACGAUCGCCAUGACCAAGGACUACACACAACACAUCCCGACGCUGCGCCAAAAGUGCGCGGCCUUUUGCCAGCACAAUCUGACGGCCGCCGACCUCGUCAACUUUAUCGUGCAAGCGUUUGACGAUUACUGCGACUUGGUGCUCGAGUCGGUCGUACCGCUCAUCCACGAUACCGAGCGCCGCGUGACGCUUGUGCUCUACAUUCUCCACCAGGAUCCGUUUACGUUUACCGCGUGCUGCGACGCGGCCGUGUGCUUUCGUUGCAAAGUUGCGGGCCACCACGAAGACCAAGAGUGCACAGCUAUGGUGCCCGACAUGGACGAGGUCGCGCAGUGCCCCGAGUGCGGCGUCUUCCUAGUCAAGGGCGACGGGUGCAACUCGAUGACGUGUGUCUGCGGCGCGUGCUUUGAGUGGGACGAAGAGGUCGUCCGGUUCCAAAUGCAGUCGAUUGCGCCACGCCAUCUCGAUGCCUUUCGACGCGUCUCGCGCUUCCUCCAAGAGCGCGUCUGGAAGAGCCGCUACGACCUCUGCAUUGACGAGCUUCCGUACGGCUACAUCGACCUCAAGCUCCGAACAUUGCGGAUAGCGCUCGGCUUUCGCCUCCUCUGGCGGUGCUUUAAGGCGUACGCCGGUGCAGCGCCCUCGCGACCAGCGACGGCCGCGCCGCGUCUCUGCGAUGCACCGCCCGCCAGCCUCAAGCCCGACAAGACCUCGUAG